AGCGUCGCGUUGGUGUGCCUGGCUGGGCGGAGAGAGGUUAUGUCAAUGGUUGAAUGAUUAUUUUUUUCCGAUUUCUCCAUAAAUUACCAGCAGAUUUCUAAUAAAGCACUCACGAUGGAUUUCAUUUGAGCGAACAAUUAUGUUAGUAGUAUACCAAGAUGUAAUCAAUAUAGUACAAGCAAAAUUUUCCUCCACCGAAGUCGUCAAAUGUAUUCACUUAAAUGUGUCGUCAGUGAACGAGUCUUUGGACGAAGUACAUAAGAUUUUAGCUUUAGUUGAGUGCAAAUCAUCUUAUGCUUUGUUUGUGUUCAUUACAAAAAAGCCAAGACCUAGCAGUAUUUCCGACCUCACGAUUGAGACGGCGAUUCCAAUAAAUUCGUGCUUUUCCUGUGAUACAGAACCAAUCGAAAAUUGUCAAAGUCACAUCAUUUUUAUUGUUAAUUUUAAGAGCAACAAGCUUCAGUUUAAAAUUGAAAUCGGAGUGGAGAGUUCAAAUUUUGCGUCAGAAGUUGUCUGGUCAAAAGAAGUUUCAAACAACCCAAAUUUCAACUGGCUUGAUAAGUAUAAAUGUGAUAAUCUAGAUCCAAGCAACCAAAAAACCUCAGAAAUGACAGACCAGUCUUCAGAUAUUCCAGUUUUGCGACACCAGUUGGCACAAGGACAGGCGGCUUCCAAUCGAGAAUCAAUACUGCGGUAUCAGCUAAAAUUGAAAGAGCCUGAAUACACACAACAGCAAGAGUUUAGCAUUUUUGUGGGCACUUGGAACGUAAACGGCCAACCCCCGUCUGUUUCCCUGAGACCUUGGCUCAGUUUUGACGAGGAACCGCCAGAUCUUUACGCAAUAGGUCUGCAAGAAAUUGACUUAAGUAAAGAAGCAUUUCUUUUUAACGACACUCCACGAGAAGCAGAAUGGGUUAAAUAUGUGAUGGAUGGGGUCCACUCUAAGGCGAAAUACAAGUCGGUGGCAGUGACUAGGCUUGUAGGAAUGCAGCUUAUAGUUUUAGUAAACAGUAAACACUACCAGUUUGUUAAAAACGUCGCUGUUGAUACAGUUGGGACCGGCCUUUUAGGCAAAAUGGGUAAUAAGGGGGGUGUUGCGGUCAGGUUGGAGCUCCACAACACCUCUUUAUGCUUUGUUAAUUGUCAUUUAGCAGCUCAUAUUGAAGAGUUUGAGAGGAGGAACCAGGACUAUAAAGAUAUAAAUGCAAGGAUUAAUUUCAGGAAACAGCCACAGUCCAUCAAAGAUCACGAACAAGUUUAUUGGUUGGGGGACCUUAAUUAUAGAAUUACGGAUUUGAAUACGCAACAGGUAAAAACGCUUCUGGCGAGAAAUGAAAUUGUGACUUUACUUAAAGCAGAUCAGUUGAAUCAACAAAAGGAUCGAGGGCAUGUGUUACUGGACUACACCGAAGGUGACAUAACAUUCCACCCGACCUACAAAUACGACUUAAACACCGAUACGUUUGAUACGAGCGAAAAAGCGCGUCCACCAGCUUGGACCGACCGCAUUCUAUGGCGUGGUGAGGGUAUUUACCAAACAGCCUACCGUAGUCACAUGGACGUGCGAAUCAGCGACCAUAAGCCAGUCAGUGCAUUGUUCAAAUCGGAAAUCAGCGUAAUCGACCAAAACAAAUUCAGACGCGUUCACGAAGACCUACUGAAAAAAAUGGACAAGCUAGAGAACGAAUUCUUGCCGCAAGUGAUGGUGGACCAGACGGAAGUCGUCUUCGACUUGGUCAAGUUCAGGGAACCACAGGCGCGGGAAAUCAUCAUAGCGAACACUGGCCAAGUGCCGGCCGAGUUUGAGUUUAUCAAGAAGUUGGACGAAGCGACUUACUGUAAGGACUGGCUCCGGAUUACGCCCUUUUGUGGCACCAUAGACCCUGGCGAUAAAUGCGACAUAAAGUUCGAAGUCAAUCUCGAACGUGAGAUGGACAAAGUGUACGACAUUUUGGUGUUGCACUUGAAGGGGGGCAAAGACAUGUUCAUUAUUGUCACGGGUGAGUGUCAGAGGUCGUGUUUCACCUCGAGCAUAUCAACGUUGUGUCGGGCGCCCGUUCCUUUGCUACAAAUGAGUGAGGAGCAGAGGAAACAAGCCGAGAAUAUGGAAAGUCGGGUUCUUUACUCGAUUCCGCGAGAAUUGUGGCACUUGGUGGAUAAUUUGUAUCGUUAUGGGUUGAAGACGCGAGAUUUGUUCGAGUCGUGUGCCCUUCACGAGGAAAUAAUAAGGAUCAGGGAUUGGUUGGAUUAUGGAUCAGUUGAUUCUUUACCUGGGACUGUGCAAGCGGUUGCUGAAGCUUUACUGCUUUUCUUGUCGUACACUAAAGACCCCAUUGUACCUUUUGAGCUACAUGACAGCUGUAUCGCUGCAGCUAACAAUUUCCAAAAUUGCCGCCUAAUUAUUCAGCAGAAGAUGUCGGACGUCCACCGGAACGUCUUCCUCUACAUUUGCAUGUUCCUGAAAGAGUUGCUGAAAUAUUCGAAUGAGAAUGGGUACGACGCCAAAACCUUGGCUUCUCUGUUUGGUGAUAUCUUACUUAGGGACCCGAUACGUAACUCGAAGCCUCAAGCGAACAGAGGAAAGGCUAACUUUGUGUACAAUUUCCUAGUGAAUGAUUUAAGCUCAUCUAUAAUUCCCAAUAAAUAGGAUAGUUGUAAAUAGGCAAUAAUUUAUUAAUUAUGCAGUGCACUAAUGCCAGUAUUUUUGUAGAAUAUAAUUUAUUAAGAAAUGUGAGUCACGUCACUUUAAUAAAAGUAAUUAUUUAAAGAGAAAAA